CUACUACAGCAUGUAAAGCAGUGGCUGGAUUGACUAGCACUAGCCCCGAGCGAUGAGACAGGGACUGUCGGGGUUUUGCAUUGCACAGCCAUGGAUGAGGACCUCUUUCAGCUCCGGCACCUGCCCGUGGUCAAGUUCCGUCGCACGGGAGAAAGUGCAAGGUCUGAAGAUGACACAUGUUCUGGAGAGCAUGAGAUUGAGAUAGAAGGAGUUCGCACUAACCUGGAACCUGUUGAAUUGGAGGAUGGAACUGCUGUGCCAAAGGAUUUUGCUAACCCAACAGACGAUGUGUUCAUGGUGGAAGAUGCUAUGGAGGCUAUUGGAUUUGGGAAGUUUCAAUGGAAACUCUCAGUGCUUACUGGCCUGGCGUGGAUGGCAGACGCCAUGGAGAUGAUGAUCCUCAGUAUUCUGGCUCCUCAGCUACACUGCGAGUGGAGAUUACAGAGCUGGCAAGUCGCACUGCUCACCUCGGUGGUAUUCAUUGGGAUGAUGUCCAGCUCAUCCCUAUGGGGAAACAUAUCAGACCAGUACGGCAGAAAGACAGGUUUGAAAGUGAGUGUGCUUUGGACACUGUACUAUGGAGUUCUGAGUGCCUUCUCACCAAUCUACAGUUGGAUCCUGGUGCUCAGAGGGCUAGUGGGCUUUGGCAUCGGAGGAGUCCCACAAUCGGUGACGUUAUAUGCAGAAUUCCUUCCAAUGAAAUCAAGAGCAAAGUGCAUCUUACUUAUAGAGGUGUUCUGGGCGUUCGGGACGGUGUUUGAGGUACUGCUGGCGGUGUUGGUGAUGCCCACUCUCGGCUGGCGCUGGCUGCUCAUCUUCUCUGCGGUUCCUCUCAUGAUAUUCGCCGUCUUGUGCUUUUGGCUUCCAGAAAGUGCCCGUUAUGACGUAUUGUCUGGGAACCAGGAGAAAGCCCUCGCUACACUGAAACGCAUCGCUACAGAAAAUGGAGCUCCCAUGCCACUUGGAAAGCUGAUAGUUGCCAGACAGGCGGAGCGUGGCCGUAUCCAGGACCUCUACCCACAGUUUCGACUGACGACCAUCCUCCUAUGGUUCAUUUGGUUCUCCAAUGCUUUCUCUUAUUAUGGACUGGUGCUACUAACCACCGAACUCUUCCAGGCUGGAGAUGUGUGCAGUAUGUCAACAGGUGGGAGGAAGCCUGAGGGGAGGUGUGCCCUUGAAUGUAAGUACCUCAACGCCACGGACUACACAGACCUGCUGUGGACAACACUGUCCGAGUUCCCAGGUGUUCUGGUGACCCUGUGGAUCAUUGACCGCAUUGGGCGUAAAAAGACAAUGGCCGUGUCCUUCUUCAUCUUUUCCUUCUGCGUCGUCCUUCUGUUCCUGUGUGUGGGCAGGAUGGCCCUCACAGCGUUCCUGUUUAUUGCCAGAGCUUUCAUAUCAGGAGGCUUUCAGGCUGCGUAUGUUUAUACCCCUGAGGUUUACCCAACUGCGACCCGAGCCCUGGGGCUGGGCACCUGCAGUGGGAUGGCCAGAGUUGGUGCUCUCAUCACUCCUUUCAUUGCACAGGUGAUGUUGGAGUCUUCGAUCUACCUGACGCUUUCAGUCUACAGUGGAUGCUGUUUAUUGGCAGCCCUCGCCUCCUGCUUCCUACCCAUUGAGACCAAGGGAAGAGGCCUACAGGAGUCCAGCCAAAGAGAGUGGGGGCAGGAAAUGGUGGGCAGGACGCACAAUUCCAACACUUCGACCAGCAACACCUAGAGAGAAGGCACAAUGAGAUAGAUUGCUCCUCACACACUAAUCCUUGAUCUCACAGGAAGCUAGCCCUAUUAAUAGACAGCCACUCGAACAGUCAUUAAAAUGUGAGUAUAAACUGGUAAAUGAAUCAUUGCUGUUAAAAUAAGACAACGGAUGUUUUAGGCGGACUGGUGUAGUGCCUAGUGAACUAUAAAGAGGGAAAGCCAGCCUUUGAUAGCUUGUCACAGUCUGAUACAGAGAAGCUUCGUGUUACAAAUUCAUUUUGCUUAGUCUGAAGCCAAAUCUGUUUA